CAUUAAAUCAAGCCUAUUUCAAAAGAAUCACAUCAGUUUAGUAUAUUUCAGAAGUUUUUCUUUUUGGAUAAGAGGUAGUAAAUAUGGAAAGGAGGCAACGUCCAAAUUAUUUUCUGGCAAUUCAAGUAUCCGACGAAAAGAUAAAAGAGAAUGUUCAAGAAGUACAAAGCUUCAUGAAGAAAAAGAAUAUGAACUUGUCCUACACGAUGAACAAUUUAGAUACUCUUCACAUAACACUUGGGUUAUAUCGACCGGAGAAUGACGAGAUCUCAGAAGCAAAAAAAGCUUUGGAAGAAUUUCAGGGCAGCUUGAAUACUUUUUCGCCACUUACUUUCACCGUUUCAACAAUAAAAAGUUUCCAGAACCAAGAGGAUCCAGAUGACCACAAAGUUGUUUAUGCUGCAGUGACAGACAAUCAAAUAUUGAAAGACCUCGUAGGAGCUUUAAGAAAAUCUUUCCAGAAGCGAGAUUUAUUCGUCACAGACAAAGGAUUUGUAUCUCACGUAACUAUCUGCAGGAUCACGGCCAGAAGUAGGGAAAGAGGGAUAACUCGAAUUGAUCCAUCAUACUAUCGAGAGAAGGCGUCGACUGAUUUUGGAAAACAACAUGCCAAAAGUAUCCAGCUUUGUUCAAUGGGAAAACAAAAGUCUGGAUACUAUCAUGUAGAAAAGGAAAUAUAUUUCUAGAUGGUUGGACACACAGACGCUUAUCCAUUUCUAAUGUGAAUUUUGUAUUUACUAUCAUCUGGUAGAUCAAAAAUUUACAUGAAAGAUUUACAAAUUGUGUGAUUUAUAACGUAACUUCUAGUAAGCAGAACAAUAGAUAUGUCAUAUAGUUUCUCAUCAUUCUGCAAAAAAUAACAUGUAUACUUAUAAUUUGACUCUAUUUUAUUUGUGAAGGAUCUUAUUAAUUUUUCUUUUUACAACGAAAAAAAUAAGGAAGGGUUUUAUAAUUCCCUUGAGUCUUUAAAACAUCUGUUUUAAAGUGAAAGUUUUGUUAAAGGAGUAUGAGAUACCCUUACAACAGAAAACAGCUUUAUAUCUGCAUAAUGUAAAACCUGGAUUGUCUUAUGACAAAAUUAAGUUAAUGAUGUGCAUUUAGCUUUUAGAUGUGCUUUUAUUAUUGUGUGAUGUGCUUUCUUCAUAAUGUGAUGUGCUUUUAUCAUCAUAUAUUUCCA